GCUAUUCACGGGUACACUUAUCCUCACAGCUGACUGUGUGAAGACGUGUACAAGUUGUGUGGUGUAAUUGGCUUUAUUUUAUAUGUUUACUGGUAUUUACUACCUAUCUUUUGUAUUCCUGGAAUAACCAUUGUUUAAAAAAACAGGAAAAAAUGGCAACGAUUGAGGAGCUGAAAUUACGAGUUAGGGAGCUUGAAAAUGAAUUAAUCAAGUGCAAGCAAAAGCAGUGUGCCGAAGAGGAUGCUCAAAGCCAGUCACUCCACAGACCAAAGAUUGCCAAGAUGAGCGCCGAGGUGGUCGACUCGAAUCCGUACAGUCGACUCAUGGCACUAAAGAGAAUGGGAAUUGUGGAGGAUUAUGAGAAAAUCCGGACGUACGCUGUUGCUGUGGUUGGGGUUGGUGGAGUUGGCAGUGUCACAGCAGAAAUGCUUACCAGGUGUGGUAUUGGUAAGCUGCUUCUUUUCGACUAUGACAAAGUAGAGCUGGCCAACAUGAACCGUUUGUUUUUCCAACCACACCAAGCCGGCCUCAGUAAAGUGGAGGCAGCAGAACACACUCUCAGAAAUAUAAACCCAGAUGUCUCAUUUGAGACUUAUAACUACAACAUCACCACAAUGGAAAAUUUUAAUCAUUUCAUGGAAAGAAUUAGCCAUGGAGGCUUAGAAGAGGGGAAGCCAGUUAAUUUGGUUUUAAGUUGUGUGGACAACUUUGAGGCAAGAAUGGCCAUAAAUACAGCUUGUAAUGAGCUAGGACAGACCUGGAUGGAGUCUGGAGUCAGUGAGAAUGCUGUAUCAGGACACAUCCAGCUUAUUGUACCAGGAGAGACGGCCUGCUUUGCUUGUGCUCCUCCUCUGGUGGUUGCAGCUAAUAUUGAUGAGAAGACUUUAAAAAGGGAGGGAGUUUGUGCUGCUAGUUUACCCACCACGAUGGGCGUAGUUGCGGGUCUCCUUGUGCAGAAUGUUCUCAAGUAUCUGUUGAAGUUUGGCACAGUCAGUUAUUAUCUGGGCUACAAUGCUAUGCAGGACUUCUUCCCAUCCAUGGCAAUGAAAGCAAAUCCACAGUGCAAUGACCAUUACUGCAGGGAACAACAAGAGGAAUAUAAGAAAAAUGAAGCAGAGCGGCCCAAAGUUGAGGCUGUUGAGAAGGAGGAAGAGGUUGUUCAUGAGGAUAAUGAAUGGGGUAUUGAGCUGGUGUCAGAAAUAACAGAAGCUGAUCUGCAGGCAGCUUCAGGUCCAAUGCCAGACCUCCCUGAAGGCAUCACUGUAGCAUACACACUUCCGUCUGAGCGGCCUGUUGAAGGGGAGACCAUAGAUGUGGCUGAUCAGAGUCUAGAAGAACUCAUGGCAAAAAUGAGGAAUCUAUAGACGGAAGUAUAAUUUCUUAACACAAUUAUGCUUUGUUGUAUAAAAACUGUUAUGACACCCCUCCUUUUAAAAUGAUCCAUGUAAUUCAAAUAAAUAUACUACACAGAUUACAGAAUAACAAGCUGCUGAUAUCAACAGAAAGCAUGAACUGGAACUCAUGUCAUUAAUACAGGGAUCUUUGGCACUUAUUUCAAAGCAUACUGAGUCAGUGUUUUGGUGUGUACUAGUUUAAUGUACAGUUAUGUUUUGUGGGUGGAAAAUAAUGCUACAUGUCUUAAUUAUCUUUGGUUGGCAGCAAUUUUGGCAUUUUUACACUGUAAUUACAAUUACAAGUCACAUUUACUGGUGAAUAAGACAUACAAAAUAUUAAUACAUAGUGGAUAAAAUACAGCAUCUAUCUAAAAAAAAGGGUUUUAACUUUGUUAAUUGAUAUGCAAUUGCAAAUAAAGAAUUUAGAAAACAC